GUUCGAUGGGCAGCACUGGCCGAGAACAAACCGAAAAUAAUCAUUACUGGUGCGCAGUUGUUGUUUCCAUAGACGUGUCAAUUGUUUGUCUAAUUGCGCCAGCAGCAGCAAAACGACGCCAAAGCACACAUGCGCAUUCCAGCGCACAAAUAUCCCACCCACGAAAAUCGCAAUACCAUCGCCCCAGCAACGCGGAGGAGGGGGUGGACUCCACUUUUCCAGGGAGAAAGCGAACGUACGCAUACGAGAAUCCGAAUCUGAGAAUCCCCAAUCCCCGAGUCCAAGAGAGCGAAGACGACACUCCAGCUCGGUAUUUGAGACAUCGACAUUCCGCUGCUCCGUCAGUUUUCAGAGGACCUUCGAAGUGGGCAGCCGAAAAUCCAAAAGUCUCCUGGCAGCGAACGGAAAACCAAAGAGAAAAAAAAUAAGAAAAGCAAAAUCCAGUUGGCAGAGAAAAGCUCAAGUGGUAAUUGGCUGCGACUCAAAUUACUUUAGUUGUGCAAAUAGCGAAUAGCUAUAAACCCAAAAAGAAAAGAAACUCGAGCGUGGCGUGUGUCCAUGUGGAAAAUCGAUCGAAUCGCAGAGUAUUUAUCGUGUAAUUGUGCCCAAUAGCCACGCAAUUCCCAGUCCGUUUUAUUGAUUUUCCCCACCGCCUCGCCAAGUAGCAAUAAAAACCAUUCUUUUACCUUCCAUCUCGGCCAUCUGGACAAAGCAAUUGCAGCGUGAAAAAUUCAAAUUUCAAGUUAAAUGCGAGAAUUUACAUAACGCCGAGCGUUGAAAGUGAAACUUCUGUGGUGCGAACGAAACACUGAAAGAAAGGAAAACCCAUUACAGGACAUUCUAUCUGCCUCUGCCCAGUGUAGUAAAAGUUGGAGAGCCAGGAGCGGGAGAGCAGUGGAAAACCGUGAGAACCGCGAGAACAAGAGAGCCUAGAGAGCGUUGAACGUGCGCACGUCUUCCUGGUCAGGACACACCACCAAUCCUUGAGAGAAACAGCAGGAGCCAACAUGUUUUCGGGCCUAACAAAUCAAUUCACCUCGCUGGUGGGCGCCGUUAAAGGAGGCGCUGGCGACGAGGAUGUGCCCGCGCCCACAGGAGAUGCGCCCGCAGCCGCUCCAGCAGCAUCCACAUCCGUGGAGGCCACGGCCUCCUCCGCCGUGGACCCGGAGGCAGCUGCCGCAGCCGGUGGCGAAGGACUCGAGGGCGAGGAAGCUGGCAAAAGACUUCCCAAAUCCGCCUCCCUGGUUGAUUCAUUAGUAUCCGAAGCCACCGGAUGGCUGGGCAGUGCCAAGGGUUGGCUGGGAAACGCCUCGAUACCGUCGAUGCCAGCCAUGCCGUCGAUGCCAUCGAUGCCGGCCAUGCCAGCGAUGCCAUCGAUACCAUCGAUCCCGGGACUCCGCAAGGGCGCAGGAGCCGAUGGAGCCGAGGGCGCCGAGGGAGCUGUCGCCGGAGAGGGCGGGGCCGCCGCCAGUGGAGCCGUGAGUGGUGGCGAGGAUGACGACAAGUCGAGGUAUAUUAGCGCCACGGAGGGCGCCGACUCGCAUCCUGCAUCGGGCGGUGGCACGCCCACCGGCGACGAGGGUCAAAUCGGACAGGGUAAGGGCGAUGAAGUCAAAAUUACCACAAAAGUAACACAGCAGGCCAAACACUUUGGAUCCUUCUUGUCAUCGGCCAUCAGCAAGGCUGGCAGCAAAAUCAAGGAAACUGUCAAGGAUAAUACCAUUCUCGACUCGUUCAACAAGGAACAGGAAGCUUUCAUCAAGGGCCAGGGAGGCGUGGGCAAUGGAGCAGCCCCCUGGAUCGGACACGCCAACGAGGCCAAGAUCAAGGAGGAAAUCCUUGGCCUGUCGCAGGAUCGCCGCAACUUCGUGCGCGCCCCGCCCGCCGGCGUGGACUUUGAGUUUAGCUACGACACCGCCUAUCCUACGGCCAUAGCCAUUAUGGCCGAAGACAAGGCGCUCGAGACGAUGCGAUUCGAGCUGGUGCCCAAGAUCAUCACUGAAGAGAAUUUCUGGCGGAAUUACUUCUACCGCGUCUCACUGAUCAUCCAGGCCGCCGAGUUGGGCACUCUGGGCGCCGAUGGCGUGGGUCAGGCCUCAAGCGGCGAAGAUGCUCUGGCAUUUAAUUACUAAAGCGAAUCUAUCAAUUGAAAGUAAUAUUAAACCAAUAACGAAAUCACACAAUAAAUAAAUAUAGAAGUAAUGCAACUAAUGGAUAACAAGAGUAUUAUAAAUUAUAUAAACACAUAUAAAUAUAUAUCCUGAAUAAAAUCGAACUCGACAAAAACUCUCAUUUGCCAUUUAGCGAACUGCAAAAUAAUAUCAAAUAUAUAUAUAUAUAUGUAUCAUAUGACAUAUAAUUUGAUUUCAAUUAUCCAAUAACAGUUUAAGAAAGAGUUAAAGCCACAAACCAAAUUUCGAACAAGUUGAGUAUGACCAAACUGAUCAAGAAAUUCUUAUAUACAACUAUAUCCUAUUGAUACAACUUUCGCUCUCUCUUUGCAAUUUCGUGCUCCUUUUUAUUCAAUUUGCAAUUCAAUUUCAUUUACAAAAAUUUAGCUAGAUGUAAUUUUCGUUGUCUUCCUUCCUUCGAUCCAAUUAUAAUUUUGCCUCUUCCUUUGACACAUUUCUCCACAUGUUUUAAACAAAAAAAAAAAAAAAAAAACUGUAUUCUAAACUAGCCGCGACACGAAAAGAACCUCCUUUCUAGCAAUACACAAAAUUUUCCAAAAGUAUCUUACCUUGAAUAUCUGAUGAUGAAUUUGUAUGGGAAAACAUUUUAACAAAACAUUUAUUUUUCUUCAUGUAUUUCUUGAUUUAUUUACGAAUCAUCUUGCAGAAGAUUGAAUGGAUUAAAACCAAAAGACAAAACAAAAUGCUAAAUCUAAAUUUCAAAAUGCAAAAAAAACCAACUAACAAAAUAAACAAGAACAAAAUUAUAAAAAAAAAAUACUACAAAAUUGCCCACAAGAAAGAAAAGAAAUUGUUAAGCGAAACAAAAAAAAAAGUACUACAACAACAAAAUUAUAUAAAUACUUAUAAAGAUAUUCACUUGACAACAAUGAAAAUUUGAGUUGAACCCAGUAACGCCAUUAUUUAUAUAAACCGAAGACAGAAAAGCAAAAAAAUGUUACUAAAAAGACAAAAACCGAAACAAAAUUUUGUGUGAGGAACAAUGGGAAAAGGAUCUGGAAGCUGAACUCAAGGACUACGAGGUGGUUGACGAAGGCGGCACCGGCGGCGAUGGUGGCGGAGGACGCAGAAAGGGCAGGAAGGCCGGCGAGGACGACACCGAGGCAGAUGAGGACGAACCGACAAUAUCAAACUUGCGCACACGCUCGACUAACAACGAUUGGGAGGAGUACGCCGAUUUAAUUGAGGAUACCGAUGAUUUAAAGUAAUUAAGAGCUUAUAUCGUAGUUUCUUCUAAGUUGGCUCUAAGUUUAUAACUAUCUUUACUUUAUCUUUCUUUCCAUUCCUUUCCAACCUUGUUUCCUCCUUAAUUGAUUAACCUAAUAUUGUUAACCCAAAACCCAAAAUCAAACCCGAAUCCAAAUCCAAACAAAAUACAAAACUAUUCGAAACCACAGAACUUUGAAGUGCCUAAAGCGCACGAUGUUGGGCUAUCCAUGAGACGAGGCAGUCCCAGCGCUCUUCUAGUGCCGGUGGUCCACAAUCCCAGACAUUUCCCUGGGGGCUUGCCUUGGGUUGGCCUAUUGGAAAAGUUGGUUGAGAUACUAUAGCCCCCGACCCAACACCCACUCAAUUAUUGGCCUCUGAGCAAAGCGUUCUAUUCAGUUACGUUCAGACAUGAUAUAAGACACUAAAGCAAAAAAGAAAACAAUUUUAUUUAACCUUAACGUUUUAACUGAAAACUAAAAGGAAUCCAAACCAAGCCCUAACCAAUCCGGUAUUCAAAUGUAUGUAACUACUAUAUUCUCUUUUAUUUGGUUGACACACCGAGUGGCAGCGGUAGAGGGAGUCGUCGGUAUUACUUGCCAAUUGUUCAGCACACGAAGCAUCAGAAAUCUGGCAGUCAGUAAUUAUCAAUAAGUACUUAUAACAUAUAGACAGACACACAACUAUGAGAGCGGGCCAGACGAGAAACUGGCUAAUGCUAUAUAUGCAGAUCAUAUUUCAAUAUAGUGACUAACAAUUGAGUAAACAAACAUGCUUCAAAGGGAAAUUUUGUUAUUUAUAUUUAUAAAUAAAUUAUAUAUAAAUAUAUAUACACACAUAUAUAUAUACAGAUAAAUUAAUGCAUUUGAAUUUAAUGUGUAAAAAUUAUUAUAAUAAAAGUAUAGAUAUAAAAUAUGUAAAGAUACGAGACACCCAAAAAAAAAAAAGUUGAAAGUUUAGUUUAAAAAUCCUUGAAAUGCUCUUCUUUUAGAAAUUUUGAAUUCAAAACAAGCGAAAUAAAAAUGAUAGUAACUUAUUAGUUGAGAGCAAAGAAGUAACAUUCAAACGUAUUAUUUAUCCCUCAAUAGUUAAUAGCCCAACAACAAUAUUACAGAAUAAAUUAUCAUUGAUUGAUGCUUAAAAAACACGUUCAAGAAUAAAUAAAUAACAAUGCAUAUAAAUACCAAUUGUUUAGCUCAAUUUAAGGCGCGCCAACAAGUUUUUCUUUUCCGAACGUUUUCAGUUCGAAACAAACUUCUUUUUCGAUUUUUUCUAAACAACUAUCACCUUGCUGUUCCACUACCAAUACACGAACUUCCUUGAACAAAACUAAAAACAAACAAAUUGCCAAAACAAUAAUACACUGAUUGGACUUGAAAGAUCAAGAAACUUAAAACGCAAUUAAUAAAUUACAAAUAACAAAUGAAAAGUAAAUGCAAUUAUAAACAAUAAGCAGUUCAAAACAUUUGAAACAAAUAUAUACACAUAUAUAUUUAUAUAUUUCACUAGACAAAUUUUUAUGCAUAAACUAAAAACAAAACAAAUUCUAUAUUAUCAAUGUUUUUGCUCUAAAUGUCUAACUAAUUGUUAAUAAAACCAAAAUAAAAUUAUUUUCUGCAGACAAACGUUAUAUGAGAAUGAGAAUGCUAUGAAUGUGUAAUUAUUUGUUAGCAGUCACGAAAUAUAUGGAAAACAGGCAGGCGGAUGUUACGGAAAAAGUAAAAGUUAUAACAUUAAACUGUAUAUUGUACAUUUACUUUUAAAGAAAUGAAAUGUAUUUACACGAAACGGCAUGGAAUAUGACAAACUAAAGAAAUUUUAAAAUUUAUAUUUACUUUGUGCGUUUUUAAACAUGUUGGCGACACAAUGACAAGCAAAUUAGUGCAUAAACCGAACUAAUAAAUAACAAUAAAUAUUAAAAAUUAAAAAUUAACGAUAAAUAAUGUAAUAAUGUUGACAACAUAUGUAUUUUACAAGGCAGAACAACCCAACCCCUAGAUCCAAUCCUCACCGAAUCCUAAAAGAUAUAUCAAACCUCCAGCAUUGACUCUCACACACAUUUUUUAUUGUCUGCAAAGAGAUUAUUAUUAUGAAGCCGUAAAGAAAGCAAAAAUUAAAUUAAUGUUUAUGAGCAAAGUUUGUUGAGCAGCAUUCCAUUAAUAUACAUUGCAAAAUUAAGUAAAAUAUAUGUAAAUGUACUAAUUAAAGUAUAUCACCCCCGAGACGGAAAACCGAAAAGUAUAAUUUAGUUGUUUAAUGAUUGAUAAAUAUUUAGACACCAGAGGAUUCCUCGUAGCAUCCUCCGGAUGCAAAAAUUGUCAGCUAGAAACAGAGGCACUCCCUGAAAUGCCAUAGAACAUUUUCCACUCAAUUUAAAACCAACGGCAGAACGUGGUGUUUCUCUGACGAUAGCACCCUGAAAACUAAGCACAGCAAACGGAAAAUAAAUUAAACAUUUUGUGUAAAGUUCGAUGACAGACCGAAGACGACAGCAUGAACACGUACGAGUAUAUACAUAAUAAAUAUAUAUGAGAACAAUUUAACGAGAUUAAAAUCAACUAAAGUAAUAAAGGG